AUGCCGUCUACCACGAAUAAUUUGCCAGACAAGCAGUUCAACACUUCUCAUCUGCCUCAGGGCGCAUCGUCGCCGCCGUCAUGCAUUCUGUAUUCAACAGACAGGGUCGCCCUGGUUGAUAUACCAACUUCGAUUGCCGAUGCCCAGCAAAAUUCUUUCUUUGACUCAACCUCAUCUCUCAUUUCAUGCGCACCUCUCAAGACCCCUUACCCAAACCAUGAGCCAAAAUCAGAAGCCGCGCGCGACAAGCUGCGCCAAAAAAUGGCUACUGAAAACGAUGACAUAUAUGCCGAUAUGAUAGCUUCUUCUCUAGCCACGGUUCGCGAGGAAUACACCGGCCCUUGGUGUCUACCGCGUACUACUAUCAACUCACAAUCAGAACCUACUGUGCCGCAGAAACGCAAAGCUGAUGACCCUUUGUCAGAUGCCGAGUCAGCCAGAGAUGACUUGCUGCAUCAGCUUUCGUCCGGUCCCAUACAACCUUAUACUUUUGGCUGGAGAGAGUUGGAUGAUCAACAAAGUCGUGGGAGUGAACCCCUACCUGAAACAUCCCUCUGGCCGAAUUACCUUUACAACAUGUCGGAUGUUGCUCGUAUCCUCGAAAUCGGUUUGACUUCCAUGUCAACUCCUGCCAGGUUUUACGUUCCACCACGAGCUUCAUUCUAUCUCGGUGAUUGCUCCAGCUCACGACCCUUCCAUAUGGCCGUAAGAGAUAUUGCUGGGCAGCUUGACACACCUCGACAGUUUGACGUGAUCAUCAUGGAUCCUCCCUGGCCUAAUGCCUCUGUCAGACGCACUGAGAAAUCGGGAAGAUCGGCCUACCAGGUUUCUCCCACCGUUUGGGAUGUUAGGCAACUAAUCUUCGAGAUGGACAUCGAUGUUCUCCUGGCCAACGAAGGUGUGAUUGCCAUUUGGAUUACCAACAAACCCGCGGUCAGAGAUCUUGUCCUAGGCGAGGACGGCCUUUUCGAGAGCUGGGACGUGCAGUUGGAAGAAGAAUGGUUGUGGAUCAAAACAACAUCCGAAGGUGAGCCUGUCUCGUCUCUGAACGCUCUUUGGAGGAAACCGUACGAAAUUCUCCUUGUCGGGCGCAAACGUGACCCAAGGAGAAGUGAUCAACACGUCAGUUUAACCGACAGCUCCAAGGUUGAGCGGAGAGUGAUUAUCGGAGUUCCUGAUCUGCAUUCUCGCAAGCCUUGCUUGGAAGCCCUGUUCAGUCGCUUCGCGAUCAACGCAACGUCAACAUCAACAAAACAACGCAUCCUCGAGUGUUUUGCGAGAUAUCUCGUGGGUGGUUGGUGGUCAUGGGGCAACCAAGUGCUGAAAUUCAAUCAUACCGACUGUUGGCAAUCUAAGUCUUAG